UUUGACAUUAACGCUGUCAUUACAAUAACCACGUUGGAUAAGUAAAUAAAUAAAAUCAAAACCGACAAAUAAUUAUUAAGAAUGAGCGAAUCGAAUAUCAUGUUAUCCGAUCCGCAAGACCAUGAAGUGGAUAAAAAAACGCACCACCGUCUUCUGGAAUCGUUGACGCAAUACAUAAAAAAGCCGGUACGAAACGAACCGUCUUUCAAACGCAGUGAAUUUCAUUUAGUGAAAACUAAAUCGGACGGAGAUGCAUUUCCCGGCGCCACAACUUUAGCGGUACCGAAUCUGGUCAAAGUGCUGCAGAAGUCGAAGAAGCUGGAAAAUGUUGGAACUGCUUUGAAGAAAAGUCUGCGGAACAAGAAAGUCCUGAAGAAACCACUGGAGAAGCCAGUUAUUGAACGGAUCAAUCGAAGCAUUAAUUAUGAGAAAGCCAAGAAGAAACUCAAUCAAUGGAAUGCGGUCGUUGCGGCAAACAGAGCAGCUGAUCAUUUGUCGUUUCCGCUUCAAACCAAAAAUUCCGAUAUGGAGGUGUACGUCAGCCCAUACACGGACGCUUCGAAAUUUCGUGUCAAGUCUGAUUUGAUGGUUGAAAUGGAGAAGAGAGACCCAAAACCAGACGUAGAGGCGAAUGCAACUAUGGAAGAUGUGGAGAAAUUGACGCGUGAGGAAAUGAUUGCACGCAGCAAGGAGCUUCGUCUGAUUCGUAUUCGGGAAUCGCAGAAGAAUGCCAAAGCGAGGAUGCAAAACAAGAUCAAAAGCAAAAAAUUCCACAAAAUCAUGAAAAAGGAGAAAUUGAAAGAAGAAAUCAAGAAUUUUCAGCUGCUGCAGAAAAGUGAUCCGGAGGCGGCCAUUCGAAAAUUGGAUCAGAUUGAGAAGCGUCGAGUCGAAGAACGUGCCCUGUUGAGACAUAAGAACACCGGCACCUGGGCGAAAAAUCUCCAAAUUCGAUCGAAGUACGACAAAGAUGCGAGGAAAGAAUUAGCACAACAAUUGUCCAUCAGCAGAGAAUUGACCCAGGUCAGCCGGAAACCGAUCGACGAGGAUGACAGCGAUACGGAGGAAAGUUCAGACGAUGAACCGAUGAAUGUUUUCAAUCCAUGGAAAAAGCCGAAUCAAACGUUCGAUGAAGAUGAUGAAAAUGCUGAAGUUGACCGUCCGGCAGAGGGUUAUCGCAAGUAUUGGAACACCCGAAACGCUAAUGAAGAAGCGUUGGAAAUAAGCCGUGCAUCGGACGACAAUGAAGAUUCAUCCGAAACACCUGAACAGGAAAAUGUGAACGGAUGGUUGGUUGAAGAAUUUACCGAAACUGCGUCGAACAAACGCCGAAAGCCUAAGUCAAUCGUCAAUGAAGAUGUGCUGGACGACAUUUUCGAUGAAGCCGAAGAAUUCCUGCAGAAAAAAGUGUCCCGCAAACUCAGCAAACUACAGAGCGGAAUUGCCAGUGAAACCGAUGGAUCAAAAAAGAAGUCAACGCCUGGCAAAGCGUAUCGCGAAGACUUAAAUUUCAAGAAACAACAUUCGAGACCAGACUUAGAUGAGGAGCUGAACGAAACUCAUUUUGAAGACGAAUCGACAAACGAACGCGUCAAUCUGGCAAUGGCAAAACUAACCAAUGAGGCAACAACUGAUCCCAAGCAGACAGGAAACAUAAAUCCUGACGAAUUUAUGAAAACGAAAAAGAUUUACUUGAAAACGACAUUGCCGAACAUCGACCAGGGCGAAGAUGACGAAAUGGACGCUGCUAUGGAGAAGCAAUUAACGAUUUCCGAGGCGUUCGAAGAUGACGAUAUAGUUAAUGAUUUCCAACAAGAAAAUGCAGAUGAGAAUGAAAAGAAGCAGCCGAAAGACAUCGAUCUUACAUUGCCCGGCUGGGGAUCAUGGGGUGGCUGUGGAAUCAAACCUCGUUCGAAGAAAUUGAUCAUCAAAUUCCCGAAAGAGGAACAGCGUCGCGAAGAGAACAAAGGUCACGUGAUCAUUGUCGACGAAAAAAACGAUGGACUGCGCAAACAUCAGGUCUCAAAUCUACCAUUUCCAUUCACCAGCGUAAAAGAAUACGAAGCUGCGUUGCGCGCUCCAGUUGGCAGGGAAUUUGUUCCAGAAAUCGCACACAACUUGCUCACCAAACCGGCAGUGACCACUCAAUUGGGUACGAUAAUCAAACCGAUGGACAAGGAUGUAUUGUUGAAACAGGGGAAGAAACGAUUAAAUAAAACAGACAGGAGAAUCGUGAAAAUGGAGAAAAGACGUUCUGUGCAGGCAUAGUAAAUUGAUUAAAUCAGAGUCAACAGCAAAUGAAAUG